AUGACUGAAGGUGGUACUGUUUGGGUGAAUUAUGAUGAAAGUUGGCGUAAGACCGAGAAGCAGAUGAGUUUAUUGAGUGAGCAGCAGUUCAAAAAAUAUGGCCGCUUUUUAUAUCUCGAAUCGUGGGAAUAUCACAUGAUGAACACAUACGAUGUGCACUUCUACUCGUCGUUUGCAUUUCUCGUGAACUGGCCGGAAAUCGAGCUCUCCAUCCAACUUGAUUAUGCGGAUCAGGUGCUUUAUGAGGAUGAUCGGCGAACAGGCAAUAUUUAUGAGGGAACGGUAACACGAGUUAAAAGAAUCAAUCGAAUUCCACAUGAUAUGGGGAAUCCAAGUUUGUUUUGA